AUGUUGGUCGUCCCUCAUUCGCAAGGACUUGACUAUCAUAUCCCACUUCAGACUCCAUAUUGCAUAUUCUGUCGUUAUUCAAUUCGACCUGGCGAGACGAUUGCCGCAGUUAUUGGACAGUGGGAUUCACCAUCAUACCUUGCAUAUACUCUUGGGUUUUCUUUCCCCACAGUCGCUCAACUCGAACAUUACACUACAGUCUAUGAGAAAUCCAAAUCGACCUCUUACCAAUGGCUGCUUUGUCGCAGAAGCGACUGCUAUAACUGCGCAACGCUACAUGACACGUCUAUCUAUCACAUAGACUGUUUCCAUAUAAUUAGCAAAAAUAUUGCAUCAAAGAAACCGAGUCUACAUGAUAUUUGGACAAUCGCCUUAUGGACAGAGUCGUUACCCAAGACGCGUUAUCAAUCACUACCCGAUGUUACCGUUGGAGUUGCAGCCGAUGACACUCUUAUUGAGGAUCAUAAGUCAAUACUCGCUCGUGUUUGCAGCAUACCUCAAGAAUUAAGAGACAUUAUCGUGCGGCUCUAUCCCGAAUCUCCCGCCUGGAGAUUCGUGUCAGCACUCAACAGGUGGCGUAUUUUUCAGUCUCUAUUAGAUUCUGAUGUUGAGACCGAAGAGUUUUCGUUUGAUGACAUCAAGUCUUGGUGCCGGAGUACUGGAAUGGUGACCGGCAAUGGUGGACACGGCAAGAUUAGGAUUCAGCUGGAUGCCCUUGGUGUAUCACGUCUGGACUUUGUAAACGACUCCUCUGCUCUACCAACCGCAGCUUCUCGCUCUCAAAACUUGUGGUAUGUUGUUGAAGAAGUGUCUACUAUGCGAGAGGCCCGCGUUGAAAUAAAGAGAUCAUUUAUGCGAAUUCAUAAAUCGAGAUCUUUCCAUUUAUGGGACACACCAACUCCACCCGACCCAGCUCUCACCCGUUGGAAUCGUGAAGUUGAGGGUAACUUGCGUGUACGAUGCAUCUCCCUUGAAGAUAUCACGGGCCUCACUGUAUAUUGCCAACACGGAGCAGUGCGCUGGAUCUACCCACAUCAUGACGAGGGCUACUUUGACCCUUUCCCUUACCCGCACGACAACUCACCUCCUGUGGCACAGAUAAUACCAUCAGUAACAGAAAGUAGCUCUAUGGCUGCGAUUUUCUUUCCCUUUGUCAAAGGAGAGAGAAUCAGUUCAAUUUGGGCCCGCAGGUGUGAGCCUUAUGACCAUAGUAUCCCAGAUACUCUUGCUAUAAUCACGACAACGGGAAGAUUCCAGUUAUUUGGCAAAUACUUGUGCCCAGAUCGGCCAGAGGUUGAUUUUCAGCAAUUAAGUGACAACGACACAGCUACACAUCUCUUGUUCCAGGAUGCAGAUUUUCCGUUCCAAAGAAUAAGCUACUUUGCAGCUGUCUCAGCUUCUGCCAAUGAUACAGAUAUAUCGCCCAUAAUAGUCCCAACACAGCUGACUCAGUCGCGGGGAUUCAGCUGGAGCUCAAGCUUCACCUAUGUAUCCAUUGUGGACUUGAAGAAUGUCCAACAGAUAUGGCUUUUCCGGCGGAAGGUUCCCGAAGGGACGCCAAGAAAAGACCGUCUGUGUAAGGGAAUGAUGCUUCAAUAUGAAGAUGGAACAAUGGCAGCCGCAGGAAUUUGUCGGCGAGAACAGGAGGUUGACGUGAAAGUUGCAGUACUCCCGACAUCAAUUCAUUAUAAAAUCAGCCAUGAGGCUGGUGGACUUGCUGUCGAAUGCGCGACACAGGACGUGGGUCGGGAUGCCAUUCUUGGUGAUGAUGCAGGUUGGCAGCCAAUCGCCAUGCAGUCUAGAUCAGAGAUGAGAUGGUGGUUUGAUGAUUCAAGAACCAUUUGGAUCACUUCACCUAACAUAUGACGAAUCAAUCACUCGCACUUAUUACUCCGUUGGGAAUAUUGAAAGAGGCCUCCGGAUCCCGCGGGAUUCGGACUAUCAUGCGUUCUCUCUACUUACAUGUAGCUACUCUGAAACUUUCUAUAUGUGCAGGCAUAUGCGAUAGUGAUCCAUUUCACUUAAUGGAUCCAUCAUACAAGUCUUGGCAUCACGGGCGUUCUCGAUUCUUGAUCUCUUUGUAUCUCCACAAGACCAUUUCGAAACAGGAAUGAACCAUCUCUGC